UGUAUCUGUGCAUCUCGCACCUUUGUCUUUCAUUCAUUCAUUCAUUCGUCAUCAAGAAAAUCACGUACUAUAUCCACUCUACAAACCUUUAUUUUGCCACACCAAUGGAGUUUAAAAUCGAACGGCCUCAGGACCAAAAGACCCAGGAACUGGUUGAUCUGGCGCUGGCAGCGCGCAACAACUCCUACAGCCCUUACUCCAAGUUCAGGGUCGGAGCGGCCAUCAGGACCGCCGACGGGAAAAUCUUCCAGGGCUGCAACAUUGAGAGUUGUUCGUACGCUCCGACAAUCUGCGCCGAGCGCGUCGCCAUCUCCAACGCAGUCGCCACCGGACACAAACAAUUUGACACCAUCGCCAUAUCAUCCGACUUGAAGGAGGAGUUCAUUACACCCUGCGGCGUCUGUCGCCAGUUUAUGAGGGAGUUCAGCAAGGACUUGGCCAUUUUGAUGGUGCGCCCUGAUGGGACAUUCUCUCGCACCGAUCUUACUGUGCUGCUACCCGGAUCAUUUGGGCCCGAGUCACUGGAGAUGCCGCGCUAAUCCACGUGAUGGGAAAAGCGCGCUUCGCGUUUUUUUUACAAGCGUGUUUGGAUCGCGUUUUGAUUUUUUGCACUUUGACUUUUUUUGCUGGAUUUGUGCUGCCCCUCACCUGUUUCCAUUAUAUUUUUCUUGUGCCCAAUGAACAAGUUCUUCUUAGCUUUCUCC